CCUUAUGUCUCUUUGUGGGGAACAGAACAUACUUCCCAGAGCAUCACUGGAGACAAGACAGAGCUCUAGGGAGGACAGCCCAGGUGCAGACCUCCAAGCAACCCUGGCCUAUACUGUGGAUGCCAAGAAGAGAACAAGGAGAGGAGACGCACACCAACUCAAGCUGGAGUAAAACAAGCAGAGGUCCAAAACAGGAGGUGGACUUUAACAGCUGGACGAGAAGUCAAUUUUGAGUUAAAUGCGACAUGAUCAUCUGAUAAAAAUCAACAGCGCUGGACCGGAUCACUAAGAAAAAGUCUUGAAACUUUACAGCUGUUGACUGGAGGGAGAGGAAAGUGCUACAUGCAUAAGAAAAUUAUGACGACCUGCUUUCCAUGCGGGGAGAGUGUGUUUCUGGACUAACAUUGCGGUGGAGCAUUGAAGACAGAAGACAUGUUCACCGGGUGUGGAAUGAUCACUGGCCAGAACCAGUACCUGAUCCGAGACGCUGUCAGGCCCCUUCCCGGACUAGAGGUGAGCCGACCGAUCCAAAUUGAGCAUGGGUUACCUUCAGGGAGCUUCCCCGUCUACCAUAACCAGACUUAUAGCAACGUCGCCCAGCCAGCAGUGAUCAACAAUGUUUCCAUCCCGCUGAAACCAGUGCCACUGCCAGUCCCUCCCCCUGCACUCAAACUAGGACAGGAGGGGUUUAAGAAAGUCUGCCGAACUGAGGAGGAUAGCCCCUGCCCGUUCCCAGGGCUGGCCUCUGGGGUGCUGGAGAUGCGCGUGAAGGAGGGAAGUAAGAUCCGCAACUUAAUGGGAUUUGCCAUGGCACGAAUGCAGGGAGAGAAGGGCAUAAGUGGGGGAGGUGUGAGCGGUGGUGGGCUCAGGCAGGUGGUCUUCACUGGGUCAGGCCGCGCCGUCACAAAGACCAUCACUUGUGCUGAAAUCAUGAAACGAAAAGUGGGCUCUCUGCACCAGCUGACCAAACUGCAAUACAAGGUGGUGAAAGAGGUGUGGGAGAGCAGCGAGGAGGGGGCAUCGGAGAUGACCGUGCACAGGACCGUGCCCUCCAUCAGCAUCCUUCUUUCCAAAGACCCGCUGGAUCCCCAGGAGCCGGGGUAUCAGCCUCCAGAGGCUAUCAGUGCAUUGUGGGAGGAGAGAGAGGGCGUUGAAUCUGCCCCGCAGACAUCAUGCAAGAGAACACUUGGACCUUUGCCAUACAGCAGUUUCCCUCACUGUAAGAGAGUGUGUUUGGGGGAAGGAGUCUCAGUCCACGCUCCUCACUGACUGGCUGAACCGGUGUCAAACAGUGGAGAGGAGGAUUGUAUCAGAGGAGUUCAUUUGGCGCUGCCCUCCAUUCAAGCACAAUGCUGAGACAAUCAGAACACUCACUCAGACAGAACAGUGCUUUCUCAGAAGAUCUGAGUACCAACUCCAGCCUCCAGAGGUCAGUUUGACUGGGACUCGAAAGCUUGCCUCUGUACACACAGCAUUUAAGGGAUGUGUUUCCAAGCACGUCCAACAUGGUCUCUCACAUCCACAUAAUAGUGAUGUGUGCUACCGUGUUAUCAAAUCUCUCAGAUCGACAUCCCAUUUCACACCAACAAAAGAAGAAGCCAUGAAUCGCACAGGUUCCAGAUUCCUGCUUGCAGUAAACUAAAUGUUUUUGUUAGCUCCAUGUUGCAAUCAUUCUUAUUCCUACAUGCUUAAGUGUAGCGUUUAAAAAUACACAAGAUAUAUAUAAGUAAAUAAAAUAAAAAAGCUUAAAGCCAUUGAUGGUAUGACAAAUGCAAAACAUAUCAAUUUUAUUUGUCGGAUAUAUUAACUCUUAUGAAAACAGAAUUCAAUAAAUUGUUUGUUUUUUUCCAAUGGAUAUGUUGUUUUGUAUUUAAUCUUUCUUACUCGCACAUCAUGGAAUUCGCAAUGCUCUGAUUGAACAGAAAAUCACAGAGUGCAGAUUAUUUGAUAAGAAUAACAGCAGUGAAAUUUGUCUGUAGAAAAAGCUGAUUUAAUGACAAAGCUGUUGAUAAGGCAGGGCUCCUAACCCAACUCGGUCUGACAGAAAUGCCUCGGGAAGAAAUACAGGCAGAGAUUAUCAUUAAGAUAACAACAUAACAUCACACAACACAGUGGAGAAAAGGAUUAAAACUAGGCAUGACAGAGUUUCGCAAUACACUGUUCCUGCUAAAUAUAUGAAACCAAGGCAACACAAUAUACUCCUCUUCCUUUCUGUGAAUAGGCCUACCCACCCACCAUAUAUAUUGUAUUGUACAGUAUACAUCUUCCGCUAUAAUCUCCCUUUUAUAAAGAAAAAUAAUAAACAAUGUGGUCCUAAGUUUUCACAGCAACAUUAUAAAGGUACUGUAGUUGACUGACAUUAUCAAUUAAAUGGUUGCAGAGUUUGACAGUGUUGAUGAUUGCUGAAGCUUAACUGAACGCUCCGUCAUCUAUGGCAAUUGGAUCAAAUGUAACUCCAUGCAGAAUGCACAGCGCGAGAAAGAAAAAAAAAAUACAGCUGGCAGCACCCGUAUUGAAUUUUAUGCAUUAAAGAUUUCGACAUAUACUUCUUAAAAAGUUGUCGUAAACAUUAAACACAAAAUAAACCUUCCAGAGAAUUGUUUAAUUUAAAUAGUUAGGAGCUUUUUCCACUUAAUCAACCAUGGCUUCUGGGGAUAAUAACUUAGACAAGUGGAACCUUGUCUGAGGCUUUUACUGUUGAUCUUAAUGAAAAUCUGCAGACGCAGAUGUCUGCCCCCUGAAGUAAAUUAAUCAAAGUGACUCUUAACUGGGGAUAAUUCUGUUUCAGCUUCAAAAGGAGCGAGAAAAAGAAAGUUCACUUCCUUGGAAUCAGCGUUCAAAUUCAUCUUUCAAAAGAAUACAAAUCGUAAUAUUUCAUAUAAUGGUCAGCCAGAAUUUAACAGUGUAAGGCGGACACAGUGAUUAACCUCCCUCUCGAUCCCAUUAAAUGAAUCAGAGCACAGCCGAGCACCCAAGGUUGAAUAAGAAAUGCUGCGACUGCAAUACAGCACAUAUGUAGCAAACUGUGUGUCCUCGAGACUGCUAGAAGGUUAUCACUCCGGGUCGUUGUUAUCACAGAGUUAACAGCUUUCACCCGAGAGCCUUUGGGACAGUCAGUCUGCGAUGCGGGUCAAAAAGAUAAUACCGCUAUAAGUAAAUUUCAAAUCGACCUGCAUCUGUUAUCAAGCAUUAAGAAUUCUGGGCCAAGUGUAAAAUGCAGUGGGGGUAAUUACGGAUAACGGCAUAGCGUACCUGAGUGAAGGAAUAGAUAAAACAUACUGACAAAAGCAUUAUCCCCAGCUAAAUCCAUUGUGGCUGGCACGAAAUAGCAUGCUGGAGGAGUCAACAAGGUGCAUUAUAGGAGUGUGGACAAGGUUAUUCACAAGCUGGGAAUCCAUUUUGCCAAUAUUCUUUGUUUUGAAAGAUGUAGUCAAGGUGGAUUUAAAGGAUAUAAAGGCAUGGGCCUAAAAUUCACCAUUGGUUUAUUUUGUAUUUUAUAUCUGCAGUAGAUUUAGAGUGUGUCAAAUGUUUCAAACACCUCGGAUUGAAGCAAGUAAAGUCUUGAUUGCCCUCACUUUCAACCAUGAAGAAGAUACACAUAAAGAUUAUUUGUGUGGGUGCAACUCCAGAGACUAGUGAUGCUUAUGUCCCCCUACUGAGUAUAUAGGAUUUCUGUAGAAAUGUACAUUGUCUGUGUGGUUAUUGUUAUGGGAGCAGUUUUUUAAGUUACAUCGAAAUGUAGAAUGAAUGACAUUGUUUUAAAUGGUAACGCGAAGAUGUAUUUUUACUUGAUAUCUUAAAUAGUUAUUCAGUUUUUAAAUCAUUAAUAAAGGACAGCUAUGUUUAGACUGAGCAAUCACAGUUAUCUAUAGUGGUGGGACAACAGAACUGUUGUGUUUACCAAAGCCAAUAACUACAUGCAGUGAAUGUGAAUAAAUUCAUUCUGAAGUUAACAUAA